AUGGAGGCAUGGUUAUGGUUAUUGGAAGCCAAGAAUCCCAACAAUGAACUCACUCGCGCAUUAUUUACAAUUUCUAUCAUCUUAACUGCAAUUUCGUGCUACUUAUGGGUUCUUAAGAAACCAGUUGAUCGGAAUUCUAGGUUGCCACCGGGUCCUCUAGGUUUACCUAUAGUAGGAAACAUCCCAUUCAUUGAUCCAGAGUUACAUAAGUAUUUUGCCAAGUUAACCAACAAAUAUGGACCCAUAUUUAAGCUCAAAUUAGGUAGCAAACUUGUCAUUGUUUUGGGCUCACCGGAACUAGCUGAAGUUGUCAUGAAAGAACUCGACUCGACGUUUGCAAACCGUGAUCCUUCGGUAGCAGCGAAGUCAUAUAGCUACGGUGGUGCCGACAUGACAUUUACGAAUUAUGGUCCACACUGGCGAAAUGUACGUGCAUUAUGCGUCAAAGAGAUUUUUAGUAAAAACACCCUCGAUUCAUUCUCAACUCUUCGACGGCAGGAAAUUCGAAGAACCUUAAGAAGUGUGUAUUCAAAAGUUAACACAACAGUCAACAUAAGGCAAGAAAUGUUUCUCACCAUGCUUAAUGUGAUAAUGAGCAUGAUGUGGGGUGGUACAUUUGGUGACGAGGAAAGGAAUAAAAUUGGGCUCGAAUAUGGCCGUGUAGCAGGAGAAGUGAUCGAUUAUUUAGGGAGAACUAAUAUUUCUGAUUUCUUUCCUGUUCUAGCAAAGUUUGAUUUACAAGGUGUAGAACGGCGAUUGAAAGAGCUUAUUUCAUGGUUAGAUCCAUUCUUCGACUCAAUUAUUAAUAAAAGGGUGGAGAUGGAUCGCGAGUUAAAGACAAAUGGAGAUCAAGAUGCUACGAAGAAGGAAUUCAAGGAUUUCCUACAGGUCUUUUUACAGCUCCCAGACCAAGGAAAAUCUAAAACUCCUUUUACCACAACCAACCUUAAGGCUUUGUUCAUGAGCUUGGCGGUUGGCGGGACAGAUACAACCGGGGUGACAGUAGAAUGGGCAAUGGCCGAGUUGAUUAAACAACCAAGGAUAAUGAAAAGAGCCCAAGAAGAGUUGGACACUGUUGUAGGGAGAAACAACAAUGUAGAAGAAUGUCAUAUAUCCAAGUUACCGUAUUUGGGUGCAGUCGUCAAAGAAACACUUCGUUUACAUCCCUCAGUACCGCUCUUGGUUUCCAGGUGUCCAAGUUCGACCUGUAACGUGGGAGGUUAUGCAAUCCCGAAAGGAGCCCAAGUUCUUGUCAAUGCAUGGGAAAUUCAAAGAAACCCUGAAUAUUGGGCUAAUCCAUUAGAAUUUCGACCAGAGAGGUUCUUGCAAAAUAGCGACAAAUCAGAUUUUAUCGGAAAUGAUUUCCGAUAUAUUCCAUUUGGUGCCGGCAGAAAGGGAUGUGUAGGUAUUCCUUUAGUAGAGAGGAUAUUACCGUAUACACUAGCUUCUCUGCUGCAUUCAUUUGAAUUGAAAAUGCCAGAAGGUGUCGAGAUUGAUCUUUCAGAGAAAUUUGGCAUUGUGUUGAAGAUAAGCACACCCCUACAUGCAAUCCCAUUGCCAAGAUUGUCUGAUCCAAGCCUCUAUGUUUAGACUGUAUAUACUAGCUACAUUGUUCUGCAUGAAUAACUACUUCCCAAAUGCUUAAUUUUGAAGCGUACAUAUGCUCAGUUCUAAUUGUAAUAUAAAAAUUAUAAUCAUGUUCUUGUACAGUAACCGUCUAGUAUACUGUUACUACAUUCAUCUAGUAAACUGUUAGUUUCU